ACGUUCGCUAAGAGCGGACGUGUAUUUCCUUUCGUCGCGAAUUCCUUGUCUGUAUUUUAAAUCAUAAAAAAAAUAUUAGUUACACAGCAUAUAUGAAAGUGUAUUGAAAAUGUUGUUCUUAACAAUUUUGUUGUUCAUGUCUACUACCAAAGCGUACGUUUUGGAAGAAGAAUGUUUGAAUUACACAAUUUAUCCCGCGCAAUACGAGCUUACGAUAAUACCGCAUAUAUUCAAAGACGGAACAUCAUACUUUGAUUGUGAUUUAUUAAUAACGGUAAUAGCAAACGCGCCAAAUGUGAAUAUUAUUGAGUUGGACGCAAAGGAAUUAGAGAUAAAGAGUGGUUCGAUAAAAGUUCUGGAUGGUAUAACGGACAUUGUUAAUCAACACAGACCAUACGAGUUUGAUAAUAAAAGGGGUAAAUUGUUUAUUUAUUUGAGGGAACCGAUGAAACAAUACAGUGCAAGUAGAACUCAGUAUGUAAUAAGAGUGUCUUUUGUGAAAUACGUUCAUUUGGAUAGCGAAGGUGUGUUUAUUGUUCCUUAUAAAGGAGACGACGGGAAGCAAGCAUAUCUCUACACUACCCGAUUAUCUCCAAGCAAAGCUAAAUAUUUCUUCCCAUGCUUCAACAAUCCAGAAUUUGAAGCUGUAUUCAAGUUUAGGGUGUAUGUUGCACCGCCACGGCCGGGCAUACAGUUCAGUAAUACAACGUUAGUCAUUGCAAACGAGUUAAACAGACAGAACUUCAAAGACGACAGCUAUGGUAUCAUCGAAUACAUUCCAUCACCGCAAAUCGGCGUUCAUCAAGUGGGCUUCCAUCACUCACAAUUCAGCAAUCGUGAGGUCAAAAUUGGCGAAGAUACCUUGAUCUUCUGGUCUAGAUCGUCUCAAUUACCAUUCUUCUCAUUUAUAUUGCAAUUUGGAGAAAAUCUUAUACAUAUGAUCCACAAAUACUCAAUGAUUAAGAGGCCGCUCGUGAGUGGACCGAUAAAUAUCGUGGCGGUACCUAAGAAUCUUAAUGGAUAUGAGAUUGGAAGCUGGAAUCUUUUGACUAAUAGUGAAACAAAAUUAGCAUAUAUAAACGAAUACACAAGCGUGAAACAAAUGGAGGCAAUGAUGUUUGAAUUAUCCCAGCAAUUGAGCAGAAUAUGGUUGGGAAAUCCUGGAGAAGUAAAAAGGACUAGGUGGAUUGAAGAAUGGUUCAAGGAAGGCGUCACUACUUAUUUCGCUUAUUACUUCCUGACGCAGUAUAAUCAUGGAGGAAUGAAACCAAUAAAUCGUAUUCCACUAUCGAUGUACGGUCAGCAGAUGAAGCAAAGAGCGAUGGCCGUAGACUGGCACCACUCGACUCCAGCGCUUAUGUCAUUUAAUAGAACCUUAGCCGUAGAAAUUCCCAACAGAUAUAAGGAAUUGGUGACAAUGAAGACUGCAUCAAUACUGUGGAUGGUGGAAAACUGGUUGGGCUCUGAAAAAUUCCAUCAAGCUUUAAUCAAAUAUAUCAAUUUACGGAGAGGUCGCUUCAUCUCAAUCGCCGACUUCAUGAUAAGCUUAGACCAAGAUACCGUUGAGUGUAUGCAUCAGUUCUUCAAUGGAACAACAGCGUCCCGAGUGCUCAGUUCCUGGUUUUACCAAUCCGGAUAUCCAGUUGUUUAUGUCAAUGUACUCAGAGAUAGGACUCCAAAUGCAAUUCAGUUAAAACAAAGACAAUUCAGUUUUAAUGACUUGAACCGCUUGGAAUCAAACUAUCUAAUACCGAUUUCGUAUAUCGUACAAAACAAUGAGAACUGCUUCAACUGUCACCAACCACGCUUCACUAUCGGCAGUCAGACUUACACAUUUGGAGAAAACUUGAAUGGAGGUUGGAUUAUUCUUAACAGGAAUUCGGCGGGUUACUAUAGGGUAAAUUACGAUGACACGACUUGGAAACUCAUUUCCAAAACACUGAAGGAAAAUAGACAUGCAAUUGAUGAAUUGAACAGAGCACAAAUUGUCAACGAUAUAUUCGCGCUGUACGCAGCUGGUGAUGUCAGUGAAGAUAUAGCGCUUGAUGUAUUGGAGUUUCUAAACAUGGAACUAAGUAGUGUAGUAUGGGACUCAGUUAUCAGCGGGUUUGAACUGCUAAAAACAGAUGGCGCUCAAAUGACCAAGAUUAACUAUGAGGAGUGGCAGGCUUUUAUGCGCCAAAAAGUAUCAACAAUAUAUAAACGACUUAUGGACGAUAUCGAACGAAGGCCGGAAAUAAGGCUUUUUAGGAGCAACAUAAUAGAGUUCGCUUGCUCUAUCAAACACCAACCCUGUAUUAGUGAUAUGUGGAGGAUCUAUGGGGACUACAAGGAAGGAAGAUUACGAUUGGAUCCUGACUUCCGAACGGCAUGUUAUUAUGUAGUAUUGAGUGAUGUCAAUGGUCAUUUAGCUGCAGAGAAUUUCAACGAUUUUGAGAAUGAGGACAAAGCUAGAGCUGAACAUUCAUUACGUGAAGAGAACAGGUUCCUAUACCGAGUACCUAUAGGUCAUCCGAGACCACUGCCUAUCAAAAUGUCAACUACCACAACAACGGAGGCACCAACCACUAUCAAAGUAGCAGGUUGUAGUGGCGCACAGAAAAUAUUGAUUCCCGUUGUAUUAUUAAGUUUUGCGUUCCUUACUAGUCUAAGUAUAUGAUAAUUUGUAUUUGAACAUAAAUAUUUUUAAGAUUUUCAUGUAUCGCACAAAACCGAUACAGUACAAAUUACUAACUUGCAAAAACCUGAAGGAGGUUAUCAAUUCCAUGCGCAAUUAUUUUUUAAUCUUAUACCAUCAAACCGCCCAAAAAGCAAAAAAAAUUAGAUUUCUUAUUUUAGUCAAGUAACAUCACCUUGAUAGCUGGAAGUCUUCCACGGUCCGCAUUACAAGACAUUCAAGACAUUCAGUUGCUAGCUAACUGUGGAAAAGACUCCCGGGGAUAUUGGCUGGGGGAUAUGCCUACAAUUGUUUAAAGAAAUAAUAUACUCCAGUCCUCUCUCAAAGGCCGGCAACGCACCCAAUGAUAUGGCUCCAAGGCAAUCAAUGAUCCAUGGGCUACGAUGACGGCUCUUGGGUGUCCUGUAAGAUGGUUUGAUGGUUUCAAGCUUCAAAUUCAGUUCAAAAAUGAACAUGAGUUAUAUAUCAUCAUACAAAACAUAUCUUUUGAAGAGUUUGAGGUAUUAUUAAUCAAAGAUAUUACUAAAUUAACUCAUUAAUAAACUUUAAACUAUAAUUUGUUGAAAUUUAAAAUUUUCUUCAGUACAUUCCGGCUUCCAUCUCGUUAUUUCAGUUUGAAUCUAGUCAGAGAUUUUUUGUUACUAUAAAUAAAAAAAGUAAAUUUUCGUU